CGGCGGGGGCCCCUCAUGGCGCUCAGCCUGGACCGCGAGGCCUUCUCGCGGCGGCUGCGGCGGCUCUACGCCAGCUGGCAGAAAGGGGAGGAUGAGCUCGGGGGCGUCGACGCCAUCGCCGUGGCCGUGGGGGUGGACGAGGAGAUCGUGUACGCCAAAUCCACCGCGCUGCAGACGUGGCUGUUCGGCUACGAGCUGACGGACACGGUGAUGCUGUUCUGCGAGGAGCGCGCGCUGUUCCUGGCCAGCCGCAAGAAGGUCGAGUUCCUCAAGCAGGUGGCCCAGGGCAAGGCCGAGGGGGCCAACGGGCUGCCGGCCAUCACGCUGCUGGUCCGGGAGAAGAACGAGAGCAACAAGGCCAACUUUGAGAAGCUGCUGGAGGCCCUCAAGAGCAGCCGGGGCGGGCGGCGCCUCGGGGUCUUCUCCAAGGACAAAUUCCCGGGGGAGUUCAUGAAGAGCUGGAACGACGCCCUCAGCAAGGAGGGCUUCGAGAAGGUGGACGUGAGCGCGGCCGUGGCGCAGGCCAUGGCGGCCAAGGAGGAGGUGGAGCUGCAGCUGAUGCGCAAGGCGGCCGCCAUCACCUCCGAGGUCUUCACCAAGUUCUUCAAGGAGCGCGUCAUGGAGAUCGUCGACGCCGACGAGAAGGUGCGGCACAGCAAGCUGGCCGAGGCCGUGGAGAAGGCCAUCGAGGAGAAGAAGUACCUGGCGGGCGCCGACCCCUCGGCCGUGGAGAUGUGCUACCCCCCCAUCAUCCAGAGCGGCGGCAACUACAACCUCAAGUUCAGCGUGGUCAGCGACAAGAGCCACAUGCACUUCGGGGCCAUCACCUGCUCCAUGGGCAUCCGCUACAAGUCCUACUGCUCCAACCUGGUGCGCACGCUGAUGGUGGACCCCAGCCAGGACAUGCAGGAGCACUACGGCUUCCUGCUGCAGCUGCAGGAGGUGCUGCUGCGCGAGCUGCGCCACGGCGCCAAGCUCUGCGACGUCUACGCCGCCGUCAUGGACGUGGUCAAGAAGCAGCGGCCGGAGCUGCUGGGCAAGAUCACCAAGAAUUUGGGGUUCGCCAUGGGCAUCGAGUUCCGCGAGGGCUCCCUGGUCAUCAACAGCAAGAACCAGCAGCGCCUCAAGAAGGGGAUGGUUUUCAGCGUCAACGUGGGGCUGUCGGAGCUGCCGGCGCGGGACGGGAAGCGGCCGGAGGAGCGGACGUACGCGCUCUUCAUCGGCGACACCGUCAUGGUGGACGAGGACGGCCCGGCCGUGGUUCUCACCUCGGUGAAGAAGAAAGUGAAAAACGUCGGAAUUUUCCUCAAGAACGAGGACGAGGACGAGGAGGAGCCGGACAAGGACGCGGCCGAGGAUCUCCUGGGCCGCAGCUCCCGCGCCGCCCUCCUGACCGAGCGCACACGGGUGGGUCCUUACACUGACCGCUGACCACUGACCACUGACCUCCCGGAUUUCCCCCCGAAUUCCCGGGUUCCCCGCCCCGGCAGGGCGCGGAAGUCCAACGUGUCGUACAAGAGCGCGGCGCUGCUGCCCAAGGAGCCGCACGUGCGGGAGAUGAAGAUCUACAUCGACAAGAAGUACGAGAGCGUCAUCAUGCCGGUCUUCGGCAUCGCCACGCCCUUCCACAUCGCCACCAUCAAGAACAUCAGCAUGUCGGUGGAGGGCGACUACACCUACCUGCGCAUCAACUUCUUCUGCCCGGGCAGCGCCCUGGGCCGCAACGAGGGCAACAUCUUCCCCAACCCCGAGGCCACCUUCGUCAAGGAGAUAACCUACCGGGCGUCCAACCUGAAGCCGCCGGGCGAGUCGACGGUGCCGGCGUCCAACCUGCAGAACGCCUUCCGCAUCAUCAAGGAGGUGCAGAAGCGCUACAAGACCCGGGAGGCCGAGGAGAAGGAGAAGGAGGGCAUCGUCAAGCAGGACUCGCUGGUCAUCAACCUCAACCGCAGCAACCCCAAGCUGAAGGACCUCUACAUCCGGCCCAACAUCGCCCAGAAGCGCAUGCAGGGCGCGCUGGAGGCCCACGUCAACGGGUUCCGUUUCACGUCGGUGCGGGGGGACAAGGUGGACAUCCUGUACAACAACAUCAAGCACGCCGUGUUCCAGCCCUGCGACGGCGAGAUGAUCAUCGUGCUGCACUUCCACCUCAAGAACGCCAUCAUGUUCGGCAAGAAGCGGCACACGGACGUGCAGUUCUACACCGAGGUGGGCGAGAUCACCACCGACCUGGGCAAGCACCAGCACAUGCACGACCGCGACGACCUCUACGCCGAGCAGAUGGAGCGGGAGAUGCGGCACAAGCUGAAAACGGCCUUCAAGAACUUCAUCGAGAAGGUGGAGGCGCUGACCAAGGAGGAGCUGGAGUUCGAGGUGCCCUUCCGGGAGCUGGGGUUCAAUGGCGCCCCCUACCGCAGCACCUGCCUCCUGCAGCCCACGAGCAGCGCCCUGGUGAACUGCACCGAGUGGCCGCCGUUCGUGGUGACGCUGGACGAGGUGGAGCUGAUCCACUUUGAGCGGGUGCAGUUCCACCUGAAGAACUUCGACCUGGUGAUCGUGUACAAGGACUACGCGCGCAAGGUGACGAUGAUCAACGCCAUCCCCGUGGCCUCGCUCGACCCCAUCAAGGAGUGGCUCAACUCCUGUGACCUCAAGUACACCGAGGGGGUUCAGUCCCUCAACUGGACCAAGAUCAUGAAAACCAUCGUGGACGACCCCGAGGGCUUCUUCGAGCAGGGGGGGUGGAGCUUCCUGGAGCCCGAGGGGGAGGGCUCGGAGGCGGAGCCGGGGGAGUCGGAGUCGGAGCUGGAGGACGAGACCUUCAACCCCUCGGAGGAGGACGAGGAGGAGGAGGAGGACAGCGACGAGGAUUAUUCCUCCGAGGCCGAGGAGUCAGAGUACUCCAAGGACUCCCUGGGCAGCGAGGAGGAGAGCGGGAAGGACUGGGACGAGCUGGAGGAGGAGGCGCGCAAAGCCGACCGCGAGAGCCAGUACGAGGAGGAGGAGGAGCGGGGGCGGGGCCGGAAGCGGAAGGGGCUCCCGGGGCGGGGCCGCCACCCCCCCCAGAAAAAGAAGAGGAAGUAG